AUGCGCUACAAAGACAUCCAGAACCCUGUUGCUCUGACAUGGUUUAUCUCCUUCCAGCAAAUCCAACAACUAAAUAAGCUGGCAGCGGACUAUCUGUCAUUCUUUGCCUGCAUCAAUCCUCGUGACAUUCCACAGGCCUUACUUCCCCAGCCAACCUCGAAUAAGGAUAAAACCGAUGCUCUUGGUCUUCUCAAGGCCUUCUCCUUUAUUAGUGAGGGGAGUGGGGACAGUUCUCUCAAUCUACACCGACUAGUCCAUCUUGCGACUCGGAACUGGCUGAGAGAAAACCAACAGUUCAGCCGGCCAUUAUUAAAGACUGCUGACCAACUGAGUGAAGUCUUCCCAAAUAAUGACCAUAGGAAUCGGCAGGUGUGGCGGGAAUACCUACCGCAUGCUCUUUCACUAAUAGCAGAAGCUGACUUCCGAAAGGAGCAAGAUAAAUACAUCCAUUUGGUCGACAAUAUCUGUAGGUGUCUGUAUAGUGACGGACGAUGGAAGGAAGCAGAAGAGCUGGGAGUGCAGGUAAUGGAUAUACGCAAGAGGAUACUGGGGUCAGAGCACCCAGAUACUCUUACCAGUAUGGCGAACCUAGCAUCGACAUACUGGAAAAAGGGACAAUGGAAAGAAGCAGAAGAGCUGGGGUUGCAAGUAAUGAAGCUUCGCAAGCAAGUGCUAGGGCUAGAGCACCCUUCUUCUCUUACUAGCAUGGCGAAUCUAGCAUCAACAUACUCAAAUCAAGGCCGAUGGAAAGAAGCAGAGGAGCUGGAGAUACAAGUAGUAGAGCUUCGCAAGCAAGUGUUAGGGCCAGAGCACCCUUCUACUCUUACCAGCAUGGCCAAUCUGGCAUCCACCUACCACAAUCAGGGACGAUGGAAGGAAGCAGAGGAGCUGAGAGUGCAGGUAAUGGAGCUUUGCAAGCAAGUGCUGGGGCCAAAGCACCCAGAUACUCUUACCAGCGUGGCGAAUCUGGCAUCAACAUACUGGAAACAGGGACGGUGGAAAGAAGCAGAAGAGCUGAGAGUGCAGGAAUUAGAAAUAUGCAAACAAGUGCUAGGGCUAGAGCACCCAGAUACUCUUACCAGCAUGGCGAAUCUCGCAUCAGCAUACUCCAAUCAAGGACGAUGGAAAGAAGCAGAAGUGCUGGAGGUGCAAGUGAUGGAGCUUCGCAAGCGAGUGCUAGGGCCAAAGCACCCAGAUACUCUUACCAGCAUGAUGAAUCUGGUAUCGACAUACUGGAAAAAGGGACAAUGGAAAGAAGUAGAAGACCUAGAGGUGCACGUAAUGGAGCUUUGCAAGCAAGUGUUAGGGCCAAAGCACCCAGAUACUCUUACCAGCAUGGCGAAUCUCGCAUCAACAUACUCCAUUCAGGGACGAUGGAAAGAAGCAGAAGAGCUGGGAGUGCAAGUGUUAGAGCUGCGCAAGCAAGUACUAGGGCCCGAGCAUACUUCUACUCUUACCAGCAUGGCGAAUCUCGCAUCAACAUACUCCAUUCAGGGACAAUGGAAGGAAGCAGAAGUGCUGGAGGUGCAAGUGUUAGAGCUACGCAAGCGAGUGCUAGGGCCCGAGCAUCCUUCUACUCUUACCAGCAUGAAUAAUCUGGCCUUUACAUGGAAAAGACGAGGUACGAUUAGAAGUGCCCUCGCUCUGGUGAAACAGUGUGCAGAGCUCCGCCGCAACGUGCUUGGUCCAGAUCACCCAGAUACCAUAUCCUCUUCUGAUGCUCUCCAUGACUGGGAAACCGCGGUAGAUCCCCCGAUAUGGUAUAGUCGACAAAACAUACUUGCUUUUUCUUUUCUUGCCUUACCUUGUCUCUACUUUCUUUCGAAGACCCUUUUCAAGAGGAGGGUCUGCGAUACUUGA